AUGAGCCGGUGGAACCGACGAAAUCAGGUCGGCGAUCGGGAUUCUGGCAAGAAUGAUGUGAGUUUUGUUCUUUAUAUUGUGAAAUUCCUGCUUUUGUUAAUAGAAAAGUAAUGAUAAAUAAGAAAUUCUAAAUUUUUCAAGUUAGGUAGACAAUGGAAACUUUAAAAUUAGGUACAGAAUAUUGGUAGGAUACUAAAGAAGCCUGUCACCAAAAUUUUUUGUUGAAACUUUUUUUACUUUCCUGUACUUAUCAGUACUUUUUGGCGCUUAGAAGCUAAUUUUUUUUUUCAUUUUUGAGUUUUUUAACUGGAGUUUUAGAAUAGACAUAGGCGAUGUUUCGUUCUGUUCAGCUUCAAUUUUAGAUUAAAAAGGAAACACGGGAACUUGUGUGUUUUUGUAACGGCUCAAACAAUAGAAUCUUGAAAUUUAGAUAUUCUUUAUAUUUGAUUUUUCAAGCCAAAAAAAUCGUGAAGAAAGUACGGUAUUUUUUUCUGUCGCUAUAAAGACGGAAUUUCGAACUUCUACAAUUUUUUUAAAAAGUUGAAUACUUGAAAUUUGAUUGAAAAAAAGCACGGUAAGUUAUGUUCUUGUAAUGGGUUUUACAUUGGAAGCUUAAAUUCUGCCAUUUUUUUAUUUUUUUAUUUUACAUCAAUAGCGGAAAAAAAAUAGCUGAAUGGAUGUGUAGUUUUUUUCGAUGGUAGGACAAAAUUUCAAAAAUACAUGGCCCUGAAAAUUUUGUCCCCAUAAGGAGCCACCAAAAUUAGGAGCCUUUAAAAUUUUUGUUUAAAAUUGAUUAAAUUCGACUUUUUGAACUUCUUUCUUUGCUUUUUUCCUUUUUUUCAUAAAAUUGAUUCAUUCCGAAGCUAGCGCCACUGUUUUCAGUAGGCUUUUAGAUCAUCAAAAAAAAGAUCAAAUUUUUCGUUCUCCCAUCUUUUCCCCCUUUAUCAAGUUUUCAUUUGGUUUCCUAGAUAAUUUAUUAAAAGAGCACAAAAAUAUGCAAGUUUUUUGAAUGUAUUGAACAGCAAAAUUCUGAAAUUUCUGUCAUUCUCAAUAAAAAAUCGCAUAAAUCAUUAAAGGAGCACGAGAAUCUGCUGGUGUUCGGGUACGCGUCGCGGCUGUUCGCCAACGACGAGAACGCGGAGCGGAUCGCCGAGGAACGACACAUGCAAUCCUGGAACAACGACGGAUCCGUCCGCGUCGACAGGUGUGUGUUCGUCGCGGCGGAAAGAGAGAAACGAAAGAAAAAAAACGAUGCUUUUUUCUUUUACUUGGAUGACUGGCCGAGCAUCUGCUGGAUGAGGGGGAAAUUUCGUGUUCGAUGGGGGGCUUUCCGGAGCGAUUUUAUGGGUCGACAAUGGUCUUUGAACUAGGGAAAAAAAUGAGAACAGGAAAUUCAAAAAAAUAUUCCGUUUUUUUAACUUAUUUUUGAGGUUAAGUUUGGUUUGAGAGAUUGAAAUAAGCAAAUUCUAAAGACUUUGACAACGGUUUUUGAACUUAUAAGGAAGAUUAAGUAGAGAAAAUCCAGAAAAUAUUCAGCUUUUAACUUAUUUUAAGGGCUGAUGUUGGUUUGAGAGAUCGAAAAACUAUUCCAAAGGCUUUAAAAAUAAUCUAUGAACUAUAAAGGGAAGAAUGAGUACACCAAAUUCAGAAAAAUAUUUAGUUUUUUUAACUCAUUUUUACAAAUUCUAAUGGCUUUGACAACGGCUUUUUGAACUUCUAGGGAAGGUUGAGUACACAAAAUUCAGAAAAUAAUCAGUUUUUUUAACUUAUUUUUAAAGGCUAAAAAUUGGUUUGAGAGAUUGAAAAAAACAAGUUCUAAAGACUUUGACAACGGUUUUUGUACUUCUAGGAAAGGUUGACUACAUAAAAUCCAGAAAAAUAUUCAAUUUUUUUAACUCAUUUUAAGGGUUAAAGUUGGUUUGAGAGACACAUUUUUUUGAUGAAAAUGAACAUCAUAAGAUUAAAAAUCGGAUCAUGAGAACCUGAUUACUGGAAUUUUUGAAAAAUUUUUAAGGGCGAAGAAAAAAACAUUUUUUUCUUUUCUAGAAAGAAUAACGUUCAUUGAAGACUAAUUUGAAAAAAAUAAAUCUAGAAAAAUUGCAAUAUUUGAAAAAUUUUUUUCCAAGAAAAAAAUGGAAAAUAUCGAUUUUUCACGAACUUCAUUUUCUUUUACACGGAGUUGAUGACGAAAAACUGGCAUUUAUUUAUUUUAUCAGAAAUAAAUAAAAAAUUUUUAAAAGCUUUCGGGUAGGAGAAAUAAAUUUUUUCUCGUUGAAUUUCUCUAAUAUCUUUUCCUAACUUCAUAACAUAAUCAAGCUACUCAAAAUCACCGGAAGCCCUUCUGAAGAACCGAUUUCUCCCCUUCAAGAGAAAAAAAAACCCGGCGUCACGCCAUUUUCAGCCUGAUUCAGCUUUCUUCGUCAUGGAUUCACUUCUUCAUCUCCCAGUUUUCGAUGAGACGACAAGUUUUCAGAAGGUUUGUCAAGUCUCUCUCAAUUUUUGAUAGGAAUUAAUAUGAACAUUGUAUUUUCCUAACACAAUCUUAAGGUGAAUGACAGGCAUCGGGUUUCGGUCAGUUGGACGACUUCUCUGUGAUCUUUUCUUGAUAUUUUCCUACUUUCAAUUUAAAGGAGCAUAGGGAACGCUGUAGAAAAUAUCGCGACACGUACUUUGGAACUCCAGAGUGGUCCCUAUAGGAGGCAACCUUGGGGGUCUUGGGACCGCUUUAGCAACCUUUAUAGGGGUCACUAAGGCUUGCAAAAAGUGGCCCCUCUAGGGGGCUUGCUAGUCGGUUUUUUUUUAAGGAAAAAAUACCUAAAUAAGCGUUUUUUGAAUGAAAUUGAGAGGCCCCUUUACCACUUGAGGUUUGGUGGCUAAGAGGUCAGACUCUAAACCUCUAUAGGGACUCCUUGAUUUUAACCCUAGAAGGGCCACUUUUACGGCCUCUAUACGGGCUGUUUCUUCCUUAACCCCUCAAUGGACCACUUAAGCUUCAGGGUCUAAGGGGUCAGCCCCUACAUUCCCCUAUAGGGACCACUUUUGUUUUCACCCCUAUAGGGACCACUUUUCGGCCUUUAUAGGGACUUUUACCCCUGUAACCCCUAUAGGGAUCACUCUAAAACUCCUAAAACCCCUAUAGGGACCGCUCUGGAAUUUUUAAGACGUUACGUUUUUUCACACUUUUAGGCUUCACGUGAUUCUACUAUGAUCCAGUUUUGUCGAUUUAAGACUGUUUUUUUGAAGUAUUUUCGUAUCAUUACCAUCAAUUAUUAUCAAUUUUAGGUCUGGCGAUCUUCGGUGCGGAAUAUUUCGCCUCCAAACUCUGACUGAAAUCAUUUGUAGUAAGUAAAAGAAGAGAGAAUAAACGAAAAUGUGAACUUGGUAUUAUUAUUAUUGCUGCAAUUUAUGAAAAUAGCGGAAACCGAUAGCGGUCGGUUGCAGGUACGACUGCCGCCUCCUGCUGACGUCACUGGAUGAAGCGACAUCGCGAAAAGAAGCAGAAGACGAGAGUUGUCCCACAGAGGCGAUGGAGGAAGAGAUGUGCGAGGAGGAGCGAUAUCGCGACAUGUACCGCGAUAUUCAAGAAGCUGGUCAGUGUAAAAUUGAAGAGAAGCGGAUAAUAAUUUAAAAAAAUGAGUUGAAAUUUACUUUCUCCUCAAAAUUAUUGUUGAAAAUGAUGAAAAAUGAUGAAAAAUGUAGAAGACUUUAUUAACAGCGUUUACAAGAGGAUUUUUUUAAACUUUAUUGAAAAACUAUAAAACGAUAGUUUCAAUGAGCUUGAUGAAGGUUGUUGUACGGAAAAUAACUUCAAAAUUUUUAAUUUGAAAUAAAUAAAAAAAGGCGUAAAGUAUUAAGAAUUGAUUUUUCGGGUUACUGUAGGCGAAAACCGUGCAGACACUCGUCGUUGCGGACAAACUUUUUUUCCGUACGACAUUUUUUUGUUCCUAAAUUUUCCGUCAAAUUUUCGUUUUUUUGACGUUUUUUUGUUCAAUUUCUUUGCUUAUUUUUGUUUAGUGCUGAUUUUAAGAUGAUUUAGUUGAUUCACUUUCUGAUUUUAAGAGGGUUAUAAUGAAGAAUUGAGAAAAAUCAAAGGAUUUAUUGAGCGAAAUCUUUUUUUGCUUUUUUUAUUAAAAGCGAAAUUUACCCUGGCAAUGAAAAAAAGUAUCUUCGAAGAAAAAAUAUAGCUUCGGUUUUUUUGCUUACAAAUAAAAUUCAGCUUUGCGUGAGGAAAAGCGUAAAAGAGAAACGGCUGAGAAUCGAAAAGCUCAAUUUGGAUUCAACUACGGCACGGAUACAGUUAAAGUUGGUUUUUUUUUUGUAUAUCAUUGCGAAAAUGUCAUUUUUUAUUAUUUUCAUUUUAUAAAUAGAAAUGGAAUGCCAAUUCUCCACCUUGUAUGUUUAUGUUUGGAAGAUAUAGAUUUUAAAAAAAUCUGGAAAUCAGUUCAAUUUUUCUCAUAUUUUUCAGGUGAAAGAAGAAUCGGACAGCGAUAGUGAGGAUGAACCAUUUUGUCGCUCCCUCCCGGCAUCAAAUUUCCCUGUUGGAUUGGAAUUGGUGAACAUUUAAAAACUCCAAUAAUUUAAUAAAAUUUAUUUUACAGCCAGAAAAAUCAGAAGCAGAAACCAUAUAAUCGAACGGACGGCGACAUUUGUCGUCGCCAACGGAGCCCAAAUGGAGAUUGUCAUUAAAGCCAAACAGAGGCAUAAUGUGGGACAGGUGAGAAAUAAAAUUCAAAGAAAAACCGUAAACUUUCUAAUUGUUCAGUUUGGCUUCUUGGAGUUCGACCAUCCACUAAACCCCUACUACAAAUACGUCCAGAAGUUGAUCCGCGAGAAGAAAUACAUGCCUGACGCGACUAGGAAGUCGAGCAAACCCGGCUCGGGAGCUUCGACGCCGGUCAAUGGAAAAGGAAAUUCGAAGCCUACCACUUCCAGUGCACUUGCUGCUAUUGCUGAACGUGCGUUUUGAAAUUUUUUCAGGACAUAUUUUGAUUUGAAGCUUGAAAUGAUAUUUUUGGGCUUUCAGCAGAGAAGGGUAAAAAACAUAUUCUUUGAUCUUUAUUUUUAAAUCAUUUUCAUUUCGUAAAAUCGCAUCUUCAAUGUCUAAAAAGUACAUUUAAGUCAGUGGUGAAAAAAAUUCAAAAUUUUUUUCAAGUUCCGGAAAGGAAAAAAAUUGAUUUCGAAACUUUGAAAUCGUUUUCUGGCCUUCAGGAGAAAAUAAAAUGUUAAAAAUUUUGUUUCAAACUGAAUGAAGCUUCUAAAUUUUUUCUCACUAGUUGAGGCUGAAGAUUUUUUAGCUUCACAUUGAGUUUCUAGAAACACGAAACUUUCAUAAAUGUUUCAGAUAAAAAUAUUAAACUGUUCCGAUAUGUUCACAGUUUUUAUUCUAAUAUUUCUUUUUAUUAUUAUUUUUUUCGAUAGCGUUGUUAAGUUUGAUCAAAGGAGCUCUGAAAAAGAUUUUUUUGUUUCUAAUUCUUUUUUUACUUUAUCAAGGAAUAGACAUAACAUAAGCGAUGUGAAGUUUGAUUUUAUGAGUGUUUUGAAGUUUUUUUUCACAAAUUCAUCACUGUGCUAGUUAACAGAAUGGAAAAGCUCUAUAAGAAAAGUAUUUGGUUAAGAAAAUUGCUGUUCAUAGCGUUCCUCUGAAAACAAACUUUUUUUUUUCGAAACAAGCUCUUCUAUUAGGGAUAGUCAAUAAUAAUGUUUGAGAAAUUUUUCUUCCAGAACACGGCUCGGAUUCGGACGAUGAUUCUGACUCCGACUGCGAGCUACACCCAUCUUUACUGGCUGCUAUGGGAAAACGAGCGCCGAGUCCCGAUAUCCGCGACUCUGAAGGCGUACGGAUUCUGUGACGUCUUCUGAAGUUGAUGAAGAAUUAAUUGCAGAUGUCUGGACCGAGAGGCCGGCCGAAACUGCAGCCGGAUCCGCCGAGAAAAGCGUCUGAGCAGGACAAGCCGAAUUAUGAGAUUUCCAAGGUUAAUGAAGUUUUUGUGAUUUCUCUUGUGGAACUUGUAGGGGCAGCCUUAAGGGGCCCUUGGAGGGUCCCCUCUAGCGACCACUUUGCCAAUCCCUAUAGAAGCUGCUAAAGCUUGCAAAAAGGCUCCCUAUAGGGGCUUUUAGUUAGUGGCUCCUAUAGGGAACAGGCUAGUUGAUAAUUAUAGGGCUACUUUUUCGGCCCUUAUAUGGGUUGUUUUCUCACUAACCCCUAUAGGGACCCCUCUGGAAUUCCUGAGAAGGCUUGAAGAGCUUGACUGUUAAUAUUUAUUGAUGUCAUUUUUUUUUUCUAAGAAUCGUGUUUUUAACCGUUUCAUGCGGUGUAAGACGCAUAGGCGGAAGCCUUUCCUAUCUUAAAUUAUGUAAACUUACUACCUGAGAUCAAAAAUUACCUUUAUUUUUGUUAAAACUUCCUUCCUAGCGUUGAAAUUCAUAUUCAAACCUUAUUUGUGGAAAUUUUGUAAGAACCUGUCCUCCUAGGCAGUGUUAGUUUCGUACUUGCGCGAGUAACUGAAAAACUGAAAAAUUGAUAUCAAAUCGGGGAGUGCUGAUAGGCAUUAUUAAUAAACCGUGGGAAUCAAGAAAAGAGAUUAAAGGAGGAAAAUCAAAACUCAAAGAUAGAUUGUUCCAGUUCACAGGAAAAAUUGAAUGGUAUUGAUGUUCAAACAUUUCAGGGAAACGACGUCUACGCGUCGUUGUUCAAAAGCCUCGCGCAAGUCACCCAGCUUCAAGUGAAGCCCAAGGAAGAGCCGCAGCAGGUCAAACAGGAGCCUCCAUCUCAACCUCAACCCCAGCCUCAACCCCAACAAAAAUUCAAAUUUGAAGUGGAGCCGCAGAUAAUCCAAGGCGUCGACGCGUAGGCCGCCAAGAAGGAUUAUUCAGCCAAAGUGGUCAUUUUAGUGACGGCCGAGUGGACGAUCCUGGCUUCCGAGAGUGGUACGCCUCGUUCUACGGAACUCCCUGCCCUUGGCGAGGACCCAAAGUGAUGGUUCCGCCGUCGCCCGACCUGGAGCCCGUCGUGACCAGCUAUGCGGAAUACGUCGCCAGGAGGGGCGUCGAUGUCGAGAGAAGCCUGGCUCGUGCGUUUUGUCCGAUUUUUUAGAUUCAGUAGAUGAAAAGAGCCUUUUGUGAGGAGUAGGGAAGAAUAUCUGCCUAAUAAUGGUUUGAUCAAGCACUUAGGGACUCCAGAGUGGUCCCUAUAGGGACAGCCUUAGGGGCACUUGAAGGUUACCCUCUAGGGACCACUCUAUAGGGACCACUCUAGCUUUAGAAGUGAGAACCGAAACGCCUGUAGGGACUGAAGAAAAAUACCUUCAGAUAAAAAAUGUGGUUUGAUCAAGUAAAGUGGACCCUAUAGGGGCAACCUGAGGUGCGCUUGAAGAUUACUCUCUAGGGACCACUUUGCCACCCUAUAGGGGCCACUGGAUUAGCGUUAUUCAAAUAAAAUUUAUCAUUAGAGGAUGGAUUGGUCAAUUUUCUCUUUUGAACUUUCAAAGAAUACCAGAAAAUUUGAAGAUUCCUAUAGGGACCACUUAAGAAAAAGGGGUCAGAGCCUAAACGCCUGUAGAGAUCGUGAAGAGAGAUAUUGACGGAAAAAUUUUGGUUUGAUCAACUUACUAGUUAGUAACUCCAAAGUGGUCUCUCUAGAGGCAAUCUUAGGGGCCCCUGAAGACCACUUUAGAACCCCUAUAGGGGCCACUAAAUGGUCGUUGAAUUAGCGUUAUUCCAAUGGAAAAAUAAUAUCAGAGGAUGAACAAGAUUGCCACUUGAACUUUCAAAUCAUAACAGAAAGUUUGAAAAACCCUAUAGGGACCACUCUGGCGACACGCCCACCAUUAUAUGUUCCUUUUUUUUUGUACGACUUUUAAAUUUACUUUAUCAACUGGACAUCACUGAAAAAUUAUUUUACAGUACGUCAAGACUUGAAGCUAGAGUUCAUGCAGCCUCACAAUCCACACUUUUCCUACUAUCAACACCGAGUCAGGAUGAUUCAGUGGCAUAUCUCCCAGGAACAACAUUCUCUUCAACUCGAUAAUCAGGCUGUAAGCUCGGGAUUCCCUUCAAAUGAGUAUAGUAUUCUCAUUUUCAGUUUGUCGGACCCCAGAAACCAGCAGGCCUCGAUUCGCCCAAACCGAUGUUUGAUGUGAGUAUCAUGGAAACUAGAGUUAUUUUACUUGAGAAUUCUCUGAAAAUCGAUCAGGAUACUUCUAGAUUUGCCAUAUGAAUCCUGGAUUUCCUUGAAAUCUCCGAAAUUCCCUAGAAAGAAGUGCUCAAAAUAUUUUUUCACCAAAACCUGGAAAUUUUAAGAGUUGACCUAUUCAGAAUCACAAUAUGAAACAUUGAGGAGUAUUCUGACCAGUUUUCCGAAAAUUCCCCUUAAUGAUCUUCCUUGUAAAGCACCUGGAGAAACUUGACGAUUUUCAGAAUGCGACGCCGCCACCGCCUUUCAUGGCGCUGAACUCGCCGAGGGCGGCGCCGCCUCCACCACCGCCGCCUCCUCCGCAGGCUGGAGUUUCCGUUGUCCCGGCACCUGUCGUCGUUGGUGAGGGUUCUCAUCAAUCUUGUUCAGUUUUUUUAGUCAUAGAUCAUAAGUCGGCCCAUCCCGGGGUGCGGCCUACCCCCCUUAAACUGCGGCCUACCCCCAAAAAGUGCGGCCGAUGUAUGUCAUAGAUGUAAUCGACUAGGCGGAAAACAAAAACCGCCUUUAGCGAGCUAGAAGUCCAGAAACGCCUCGGAAAACGAGCAACAACUUACAAACAGGGAUCUCGAGGAGAAUAAUAAUACUUUUCGUCAAAAUAUGGAAAUACGAUCCAAUACUUUAUCUUAUAUCAUUUCUAUUCAUAGCAGCUUUGAAACGUGUCUAUAACGGGUGAAAUUAGGCAAUCAAAAAAAAUUUUGUUGAGUCUAAUAGAAGCAUUUUUAAGUUUUUGAAGGCAAGGAGAAAACAAAAAUUAAUCUGCGAACUUGGGAUCUCCAGAAAAAUGAAACUUGGGAUCUCCAGAGUGGUUUCUAUAGGGACAACCUUAAGGGCCCUCGGAGGGUUCCCUUUAGGGACCACUUGAGCUUUAGGGGCUAAGAAGCCAGAUCCUAAACCCCUAUAGGUACCACUUUUUCGGCCCCUGACUGUUUUUUCACCCUAACCCCUAUAGGGAACAUUCUGAAGUUUCUAAGUAUAUCAAGAAUGAAGUCAAAGGAGAGAUGUAUACAUGAUAGUUACUCUGUUAUUAAAAUUAUAAAAUAAGUCGUAAUAGUGAAAACGAACGGAAAAUACUGACCAUAAACAUUGAACUUUGUGCAGCCUUUUAAAAAUGAUCUCCCGGAAGAAGAACUUCCUAUCCAACUUUCGUUCGACGCUUUUAGUCAUGAACAAUAGCAUAUCCGAAAGAAAAAAAAACCGCUGUGAAUGCGUUUGAACUUAUGACCUUAGAAUACCCAGAAAAUUUGAAAUUACCUUGGGAUUUUUAUUAUUCCGAACAUACAACUGAUUCACGGCUGUCUUGAGCCAUCGAAAAAUGGGUCCUGACACGAUAAGAAUAGAGACAGUGCCUGGUUGGUGCAGAGUGCAGACACGACACGCCUCCUUACUGUCCCAAGCUAGCCGUGAAUUGGCAAUAUCUUCAUUUUUACCAUUUCCAGAACCCCAACUGAACCGGAAGCAACGUCGGCGGCUACAGGAAGCGACCAAAUUCGCCGACGUCCCACCCCCGCCUGGAGUCGUCGACCCGGUGGCCCUGAAAGCUAUCCCUCCAGUCACCCUCACUGAGGUUUCCCGUUUCUCAUCCCGGAAAAUUGAUGAUUUUCUUCAAGAUCCCCAAGAUCCAGUCGGCGCCGUCGUUGCUCCAAGCAGUGCCUUCUGAACCGAACCUCAUCGAUCCCCUUCGGCCGCAAAUUUCGUUCACUGUGACCGCCAAAAAGGCCCCGGAGGAAGGGAAAACACUUCAGCCUUCUGUGUGAGGAAACUUUGGAAAAAGCAGCCGGAAGACCACAAAAUAGAAAAUAAAUAAGUGUCGCUAGAUUCUAUAAGAACAGUUGAGAAACAUCGGAGUCCUUUUUUUUAUUUUUUGGAUGAGUCAAUUUGGUUUUUUGGGAUUCGAAAAAAAGAGAGCGUUUGAUAUUGAAAUUGAUCCAUACAUUUGAAAUUAUUCGGCCUCUCAACUUAUCAUUUUCAGCUUCCUCUAGGCUUUUCUGAGCGAUUAUUGAAAAUUUCCGAAUUAUUUUAUUCUCAUUGAGAAUUCGCAGUGAUCCUUGACAACUGCAUAUUUUUCAAGUUUCAGAACGUUUUUCAAGACAAUUUCGACUUAUUUUUACGACCAAAUUUCAGUAAUUAUCAAGAUUACUUUGCAGACUUGUCGAGGAAGCGCUGGACGAGGCCCUCGCUUCGACUUCGACCUUCGAUCCGGACAUUUUGGAUUCUCCGACGACUUUUCCACAAGAUCAGCCGGCGACUUCUCUUCAGCCCAAUUCGAAUCUGGCUGCGGUCAGUUUUUUUUUUGCUUUUACAGACUUCAGUAAAUUUGCCAGAAAUCCUGCAGAAGAAUUGGAUAAUUUUGGUUGACCUUAGUUUUAGAAGCAGUAGUUGGAGAAAGGUUGAAAUUUUUAGAGGAAAAAAUCUAAGUUUAAGUCGAGAAUUUUGAAUAUUUUGUAGUGAUUCUGACAGGAAGAGUAG